CCUCCACCUCCACCACCACCGCCUCCCCCUCCUCCCCCUCCACCUCCGCCGCCUCCUCCUUCCCCUCCUCCACCGCCUCCUCCGCCACCACCCAAACCCCGGAAACCCACCAAACCAUUCCUCUUCCCAGAAACCAAAUCCAGUGUUCUUCCUGAUCCUUCCAAGUUCUUUGCUCAGCACCUUCUCUCAUAUCCUCUGCCCACAAAUUCUUUCUUCCAAAAUUUCGUUCUCAAGAACGGUGAUCAACCUGAAUAUAUUCACCCCUAUCUCAUUAGAUCCUCCAAAUCUUCCCUCACCAUCUGUUACCCCUCUCAAUUCUAUAACCCCGCUUUCGCCUGCCAAAUUUUCACUGCCGAUCUCACCAUAUCCACACUAAACAACCCAAACCAGGACACAUCCCACAUUGUUUCAUCAUUUAGUGAUCUCAGUGUUACUCUACACUUCCCCUCCAACAAUCUUCAGUUCUUUCUGGUUAGGGGUUCCCCUUUCUUGACAUGUAGCCUCGACACCAAAGAGGAGCUUUCCAUUUCAACAAUCCAUUCAAUUCUUAAAUGUCGAUCCCAGCACAACCGGACAAAAUACAUCCUUAAGCUCAGCAAUAACCAGACUUGGCUUGUAUACACUUCUUCACCUAUAAACUUUAAUCUUGAUACCUAUAAAAUCACUUCUGCUCCCUUUUCAGGUGUAAUUCGGGUUGCUCUCUUGCCUGAUUCGGACCCAAAAUGUGAAGCAAUUCUCCACCGCUUCAGCCAUUGUUAUCCUGUAAGUGGUGAAGCCGUUUUCAGAAGGCCAUUUUGUGUGGAGUACAAAUGGGAAAAGAAAGGGUCUGGGAAUUUGCUCAUGCUUGCACACCCUCUUCAUCUCAAGCUUCUGUCAGAUACUGAUUGCACAGUAACUAUUUUGGAGAGAUUGAAGUAUAACAGCAUUGAUGGCCAGCUUGUUGCUGUUGCUGGAGAUUCAUGGGCUCUGAAAAGAAAACCAAUCACUGUAACCUGGCAUUCAAUUAAGGGUAUCAAUGAGGAAUCAUGUUCUGAGAUAAUCACUGCACUCAUUAGAGAUGUUAGGGCUCUGGAUCAGAAGGAUAUUGCCACCAAGUCAUUUUAUUCUCAGGGGAAGUUGAUUGCAAGAGCUGCAAGGUUGGCAAUGGUAGCUGAAGAGCUUUGUUAUUUUGAUGUUAUCCCGAAAAUCCGGGAGUUCUUGAAGGAUACAAUUGAGCCAUGGUUGACUGGAAGUUCUGGAGCGAAUAAUGGAUUCUUGUAUGAAUCCAAAUGGGGUGGCAUUGUGACUAAAAAGGGGUGUUCAGACAGUGGAGCUGACAAUGGAUUUGGAACCUAUAACAGCCACCAUUCCCAAAUUGGAUACUUUAUCUAUGGAAUUGCAGUGCUUUCCAAGAUUGAUUCUGUGUGGGGAAGGAAGUACAAGCGCCAAGCUUAUUCCCUAGUGGGGGAUUACAUGAAUUUGGGAAGGCGAGAGGGAUCGCAUUAUCCAAAGCUGAGAUGUUUCGACCUGUGGAAACUCCAUUCUUGGGGUGGAGGGUUAACAGAAUUUGCAGACGGGCGAAACCAGGAGAGUACCAGCGAAGCAGUAAAUGCAUAUUACUCAGCAGCAGUGCUGGGAGUGGCCUUCGGGGACCCACACCUCGUCGCCAUAGGCUCCACCCUCUCAGCCCUGGAAAUCCUGUCAGCUCAAACAUGGUGGCACGCGAGAGAUGGAGACACUAUCCACCCAGAGGACUUCAAAAGGGAGAACCGCCUGGUUUCCGUUCUGUGGGCUAAUAAAAGAGACAGCAACCUGUGGUUUGCACAGGCUGACCGGAGAGAAUGCCGGGUGGGAAUUCAGCUCCUGCCAUUACUUCCAAUCAGCGAAUCCCUGUUUUCCGAUAUCCGGUUUGUGAAACAAGUGGUGCAGUGGACUAUGCCGGCCCUGGCAAUAGAAGGGGUGACAGAUAAGUGGAAGGGAUUUGUGUAUGCUUUGGAAGGACUAUAUGAUAAAGAGGGUGCAUUGGAGAAGAUAAGGAAUUUAUAUGAAUAUGAUGAUGGGAACUCUCUAACAAAUCUUCUAUGGUGGAUUCACAGUAGAGGUGAUAAUGAAGGUGUGGGAAGUGAUGAUGUAGGAAGGCAAUUCUGCUGGUCGCCUGGUUACUAUUCAUGGAAGGAUUGUAUGUCUCCCCAAUACCACAUCACUUGGUAUCCCGUAAAUCAAAUAUAAAUAUAUAAUUCUAUCUUUAUAUUAUACCUUGCCGAGUGUGAUAUAAAUUGUUUAUCAUUUUAAUUGGUUAUUAUUUUGAAUCAAAUAAAAUAAUGACUUAUUAGUUAUUA